CAGGAGUCAAGGAGCUAGACGUUAACGGCGCUGCGGGACUUUUGAACAGCGAACCGGGACUGCAGGCUGUACUAAGAAAACCGGGAUUGUCCCGGGAAAAGUGGGACUGCAAGGAGGAAUGCUGUGUCCUUCAAGUAUGGAUGAAGGGGGGUCACAAGAGAUUGGCUUUUUGGGAGACCUGUCAGUAGGAAUGGACACUUUCAUUCACCGCAUUGACUCCACUGAAGUGAUUUAUCAACCUCGCCGCAAGCGUGCCAAAUUGGUUGGAAAGUAUCUGAUGGGGGACCUUCUGGGGGAGGGUUCUUACGGGAAAGUAAAGGAAAUGCUGGACUCUGACACACUGUGCCGCCGUGCUGUCAAAAUCUUGAAAAAAAAGAAGCUGAGAAGGAUUCCCAAUGGAGAGGCAAAUGUCAAGAAGGAGAUACAACUACUGAGGCGCUUGAGGCAUCGGAAUGUUAUCCAGCUAGUGGAUGUGCUCUACAAUGAAGAAAAGCAAAAAAUGUAUAUGGUGAUGGAAUAUUGUGUUUGUGGGAUGCAGGAGAUGCUGGACAGUGUGCAGGAAAAACACUUUCCUGUAUUUCAAGCCCAUGGUUAUUUUUGCCAACUCAUUGAUGGUCUGGAGUACCUUCACAGUCAGGGAAUUGUUCACAAAGACAUUAAACCAGGGAAUUUGCUGCUAACAACAGAUGGGACACUCAAAAUCUCAGACUUGGGGGUGGCAGAGGCUUUGCACCCGUUUGCUGAAGGUGAUACUUGUAGGACCAGCCAAGGAUCUCCAGCUUUUCAGCCUCCAGAGAUUGCCAAUGGCCUGGAUACCUUCUCAGGAUUCAAAGUGGACAUCUGGUCAGCAGGAGUAACGCUGUAUAAUAUUACCACAGGACUGUAUCCAUUCGAGGGGGACAAUAUAUAUAAAUUGUUUGAAAACAUUGGAAAGGGAGACUACUCCAUCCCAGAGGAAUGUGGACCCUUGCUGUCUGACUUGUUAAGAGGCAUGUUGGAGUACGACCCAGCAAAGAGGUUCUCAAUACAGCAGAUCCGUCAGCACAACUGGUUCCGGAAGAAACACCCUCAUAUGGAUCCCAUUGUCCCCAUACCUCCAAGCCCAGAAACAAAGGACCGCUGGAGAAGUCUAACAGUUGUGCCUUAUCUGGAGGAUCUGCACGGGUAUAGUGAGGAGGAGGAUCUGUGUGAUCUAGAAGAUGAUAUAAUCUAUACACAGGAUUUCACAGUGCCAGGUCAGGUGGCUGAGGAUGACUACUUUGCACAGACACAGAGCACUGCUCCCUCAAAGCAGCUGUGUAUGAAUGGCACUGAGAACCAGCUCAAGACAGAAAGAAGGGUCAGCUCUUCAUCGCAGCGCAAGGCCAGUACAGCUGGGAGUAAAGUACGAAAAUUAUCUGCCUGCAAACAGCAGUGACUGGGGGAAAAAACUUGCAAGUGGUGCAGACUACAGCUGUUUUUUGGGAUUCCUCUUGGGGAAGGAUUCUUCCAUUGUGAAGUAGACAUCAAAACUGCUGCAGCAGAGGGACUCAUCCAUUAAUACUGCUCCAACCCCCUGCCUCACCAUCUGCCCCAGUCAACUCUCUGGACCUCUAGGACUUUGCAGAGGCCAGCAACUGCUGCACUUUAUGACUUGAACUUGCCCCAUCUCCCUUGUUCAUUUGGCUGUAUACUUAUGUAUUAUAUAUAAAAAUUGGGGUAAUCCCACCUGCAGCCCUUCCUGAGCCCUUAUACAAUAAAAUGCAAAUGGGGGUUAUUGGACCCUUUCCAUGA